AUGGCAGAAACCAUGCUCGUUCAGCUCGUGCGCUGCUACAAUUUCCUCUUCGUUCUCGUCGCCACCAUACUCGCCAAGCUCAAGCUCAGACGCGGCGCUGUCGGCCUGAACCUGCCUCCGGGCCCAUUGACGCUGCCGGUGAUUGGCAACACGCACAACCUGCUCGGCGCCCUGCCGCACCAGGCCAUGCACAGGCUCGCCCAGCAGCACGGCCCCGUGAUGCUCCUCCGGCUCGGCGACGUCCACACUCUCGUGCUCUCCUCGGCCGAGGCGGCCAGGGAGGCGAUGGAGGUCCACGGAGCUGCUUUCGGCUACCGGCACGAAUACGCUACCGCCGGCGAGCUGCUCGGCCCGACGCACGUCCGGUCCUUCCGCUCAGUAAGGGAGGAGGAGGCAGAGAGCCUCGCGUCCCGCAUCUUCUUCACCAUGUCGUAUAUGGGGCCAGUCCCCGUCCGCGUCGACGAGGUUGUGAAGGCCAUGAUGAACAACGUCUUCACGAGGAUCUCUGUCGGUGUGUUCUGCCCGCAGUGGGAGGCGUACCUCGAGGCGCUGGACAGGGCGACGGGCCUCAUGUCCGGGCUCAGCCUGACAGACCUUUUCCCGGCGUCGCGCCUGGCGCGGGCGCUCAGAGGCGGGUCCCUGAGGGAGGCUCGCCGGAGGAUCCAGUCCAUCGCGGAUGCCAUGAUCCGGGAACACAAGACGGCGAUGGAGAGGGAGGAAGAAGCUGGUGAUGCCGGUCGUGAUGUUCCAACGGAGGACAUCCUCACCACUCUGCUGAGGCUUCAGAGCAACGGCGGCGUCACUCUCACCAACGAAAGUGUCAGCGGCAUCCUCUUGGACAUUUUCUCGAUGGGGUCGGAAGCGGCGACGACGAUAAUAUGGGCCAUGUCAGAGCUUAUAAGGAGCCCGCGGAUAAUGGCUAUCGCACAGUCUGAAGUCCGGCGAGUCCUCCACAGCAAGACUAUGGCCGAGGCGAACAUCGACGGCCAGCUCCACUACCUCCAGAUGGUCAUUAGGGAGACGUUCAGGUUGCACCCUCCUUUGUCGUUGCUCCACCCGAUGAUGUGCACGGAACGGAGGAGGAUCAUGGGCUACGAUGUGCUUCCGGGCACCACCGUGUUCGUCAACCUAUGGGCAAUCGGUAGGGACGAGCAAAACUGGACUAACGCCAGUGAGUUCAUACCCGAGAGGUUCGAGGGCGAGAAGGGGGUCUACAGUGACUCGGACUUCAGCUUCUUCCCCUACGAUGUGGGCCAGAGAAUGUUCCCUGGUAAGAUGUUUGUAGUGGCAAACGUCGAGUUUGCCCUUGCAAGCCUCCUCUACCACUUCGACUGGAACCUCCCGGACAGUAGGAACCCGGAGGAGCUUGAUAUGGCCGAGGCGUAUGGGAUCACGACGCAUCGUAGGACUCAACUAUUAUUGAAUGCUACUAAUCAUUUUGGCAUGCUAUAG